AUGAGGAGGCAGAGCGCACGCACGGCCGCGCUCAUCCUGUGCAUCCUGUGCUACCUGCUGGUGGGCGCCGCGGUCUUUGACGCGCUCGAGUCCGAGGCGGAGCGCGGCCGCCAGCGGCUGCUGGCCCAGAAGCGCGGCGAGUUCCGGAGAAAGUACGGCUUCUCCACGGAGGACUACCGCGAGCUGGAGCGCCUGGCGCUGCAGGCCGAGCCGCACCGCGCCGGCCGCCAGUGGAGGUUCGCUGGCUCCUUCUACUUCGCCAUCACCGUCAUCACCACCAUCGGGUACGGCCACGCCGCGCCGGGCACAGACUCGGGCAAGGUGUUCUGCAUGUUCUAUGCGCUCCUGGGCAUCCCCCUGACCCUGGUCACCUUCCAGAGCCUGGGCGAGCGGCUGAACGCGCUGGUGCGGCGCCUCCUGCUGGCGGCCAAGCGCUGCCGGGGCCUGCGACGGCCGUGCGUGUCCACCGAGAACAUGGUGGUGGCCGGGCUGCUGGUGUGCGCCGCCACCCUGGCCCUCGGCGCUGCCGCCUUUGCGCACUUCGAGGGCUGGACCUUCUUCCACGCCUACUACUACUGCUUCAUCACCCUCACCACUAUCGGCUUUGGAGACUUCGUGGCGCUGCAGAGCGACGAGGCGCUGCAGAGGAAGCCGCCCUACGUGGCCUUCAGCUUCCUCUACAUCCUGCUGGGGCUGACGGUCAUCGGCGCCUUCCUCAACCUCGUGGUCCUGCGCUUCCUCGCUGCCAGCACCGACGCGCCCGAGCGCGCCGCCCGCCUCGCCGGCCAGCUCCGCCGGGGGGCGCCCGAGAGCCGCGUCCCCGCCACGCGCCGCCGCAGUCCAGCGAGGCCCGGGGGCUCCACCGGCAUCUCCCAUCGCAUCCCCCGGCUGGAGACGUGGGCCCGCGACAAUCUGGGCUUCUCCCCACCCUGGAGCCCCGCGGCUGUGCGCUGCAGCAGGGCAGCCAGGCCCCGGGCACGGAGGAAGUCUAUCUGACAGCCCUA